CGCCGCGGGCCGCAGGGGACACGCUGACCGCCAUGGAGAGCCGGCCCGCGGCCCCGGGGCCCUACCGAGCCACCAAGCUGUGGAAUGAAAUUACAAAGUAUUUCCGAGCAGGCAUGCCACUAAGGAAGCACAGGCAGCAUUUCAGGAGACACGGAAGCUGUUUCACUGCAUCAGAAGCUGUUGACUGGCUCCAUGAAGUGCUAAGGAAUAACAGUAACUUUGGUCCUGAAGUUACUAGGCAGCAGACUAUUCAGUUAUUGAGAAAGUUUCUCAAGAAUCAUGUAAUUGAAGAUAUAAAAGGGAGAUGGGGAUCUGAAAGCUUAGAAGAUAACAGUGCACUAUACAGAUUUCCUUCAACAUCUCCAGUUAAACCUCUACCAAGUCCAUGUACACAGAAAGAGAACUUGGAAAACUUCUGUAGAGACAAAGAAAGACUUUUUAAACUGCCAUAUUUAUCCAGGAGAGCUUUGAAAAGACAUGAGUUACUACAGUCUCUGGAAAAUUUAGAGAAAACAAAGAGUGAUAGAAUAGAAGAAAACGAGGAAGAUAUGCUGAAUAGGAAGGAAAUAAGCCAGGAAUAUGUGAAAGAAACUUGGAGAAAUGUCAUUCUAAUACAUUUGCAAACAAUUUUAGGGCUCCCAUCUCUGGAAGAAGUUCUUCAGCCAACGCAGAUCAUUCCUGAGUACGUCAUAUACAACAUGACUAACACGAGCAAACAUGGUGUUGUGAUUUUGCAGAACAAAUCAGAAGACCUCCCACACUGGGUAUUGUCAGCUAUGAAGUGCCUCGCAUACUGGCCUAGAAAUAAUGACAUGAGCCAAGCAACUUACAGUGGGUUUGAGCGCGAUGUGUUCCGAACGGUUGCUGAUUACUUUCUCAGUCUCCCUGAGCCAUUACUUACUUUUGAGUACUAUGAACUUUUUGUUAAUAUUUUAGUUAUGUGUGGCUACACCACAAUUCCAGAUACAUGCAGUGGAAAACAUUCUGUCCAAGAUGAGAAGUGUGACUCUCAGCCUUCAAAAACUCUUCACUUGAACUCUUUCAAGUCAACUGAGUGUCUUCUCCUAAGCCUCCUUCGCAAAGAGCCUGACAAAAAAAAGAAAGAAUGUGAAGUUUCCAUGAAGUGUUCUUCAGCAGAUCUAACUAUUCAAACCCAGUGUGCAAAUAAACUGUGGCAGCAUAAACAGACACAUAAACAAGGUAGUUCUGCUAAUCUAAUAGGAGGAAGCUGUCAAAAUCUUUCAGCUUUCAGGACUGAACAAGGUCCACGUCAAACAUUUAGGACAAGAUGUUACUCUUUGGAAAGAAUUGGAGAUGCUACUUCAAGCGCAUGUAAUAAAGUAGGAUCUGAUUCCCUCAGGCAAAGUGAUGUGAACACCAUCCUGGGCACAAGAAAUGGAAAAAAGUCACUACCUUAUGAGCAUAAGGCUAAUUCUGUGUUGGAGCUUGGUUUUGAUAACACAGGUCAAGACCAAAUCCAUGGUAUCAAAAGAGUGUCUGCAUCAGCUCUUCAGGACAAAGAGCUAUUUGUUGAAGAUCAUGGACUGAAGAAAAUCCAUGGGUCUCUGAGUUUACUUGGCAAAAGGAACUCCAGAAGUUGUGCUAGGAUUAAUAUGCCAGUUGCUGAAAUCACAGUGAAACCAAGUUCUCCACUUUGUGGGCAAGGAAAACCAAAUACCUGUGGUGUGGCUACUUCAGUGGACAUCAGGACUGAGGUUUCUGAUACCACCAUCAAAAAGAGACUCUGCAAAAGUACCACAGAACUCUCAGAAUGCUCUUUCACUCACUCUUCUUUUAUGUUGACUGGCACGCAAAAUCUCCUUCAGCCUCAUUUAGAAAGAAUUGCUGUGGAAGCACUGCAGAUAUGUUGUUUGUUGCUUCCACCACCAAACCGUAGGAAGAUCCAGCUCCUCAUGCGCAUGAUCUCUCGGAUGAGUGAGAAUGUGGAUAUGCCACGACUGCAUGAUGCCAUGGGCACACGCACUUUGAUGAUCCAGACCUUUUCUCGCUGCGUGCUGUGCUGUGCAGAAGAAGUAGACCUCGAUGAGCUGCUCUCUACACGAUUAGUUUCGUUUCUAAUGGACCAUCAACAAGAAAUAUUUAAAGUACCCACUUACCUGCAGGUUGCAGUGCGAGAUCACAUAGAACACGUGAAGAUGGCUCAGUGCAAAUACCCAAAGGAAGAAAUAUGUGCCAUAUUGCCAACAUAUUCAUAUUGCAAACAAAUAACUCCUCAGGAGUUUGAAGAACAAAAGGUUUCUACCUCUCAAGCUGCAGUGGCAGAGCUCUUGGAGAACAUUAUCAAAGAUAAGAACUUGUCUGUGAAAGACAAGAAGAAAAAGUUAAAACAGUUUCAGAAGGAAUACCCACUGAUCUACCAGAACAGAUUUCCAACUACAGAAAACGAAGCAGUGCUGCUUGAGAACAAACCCACCAUCAAACAACCGAUGCUCAGCUUAAGGAAACCCAGAUUUCGUAGCCUAAGAUAUUAACUUAACCACACUUCAGCUGCAUAUUUAUUUGUUGGGUCUCUGUGUGAAUGAUAUAUGAAAGGGCACUCACUGCAGAAAUUUGGUGGUGGCUAUGUGUGGAGAAGGGAGAAUUGUUUACAUGGACACUGUGCUGAAAGGUGCCAAAUUACCUUUUUGUGUGUGUGUGCAGUUAACUUUUGAAUAACUAAGAGAGAAAUAUUUAUCUGUUUACAAAUUAUUACAAUGUAUUAUGUUCAGUAAAAGAAAUGUGAAAAUAAGCACGAAGCUAUUAGUAACCAAAAACUGAUACAUGGUUUCCAUAUGGGAAGCUGAUGAGAUGCAUAUUGUUGUAACAUUUUACUGUCUGUUCAGGAAUUUGUGCCAUUUAUCAUAGGUUUUAAUGUCUAUGUUAUGAAUAAGUGCCUUCUUUUGUGUUCUCAAAAUAUUUGUCUUUAAACAAAACAAUGUUCUUUGAAGUUGGGACUAAUUUAAAAGUCAGUUCUGUUGUUUUCAAUGGAGGCAAUAAUUCACCAUAAAUAAAUGAUUAUCUGACUCCUGAA